CCAUUGGUCGGCGCCGCACGCUCGCCGCAUACGGAGAGUGCCUCGGCCGGCGACCGAGCGCAAAGCGGUUUAUUCGUCUGCCGCUCGCCCAGCGACCCACACGUCCCCGCAGCGGAAACGCGGAUACUUCACACACUUUACUCUCAUACUUUGUGAAUUGAAAAGAAAGUUUUAUUGCGUUGAAUGAUCAAAACUUAACCAGAAUGUCUACUCUUCUCGAAGUUUGCGGACCUCUGUCCCCACCGUCAACUCCUCCGUUGAUGGAAAACAAAAUCGAGCUGCCGCUGAAGGUGGCGCUGAAGCUGUCGCGCGGUGCCGGCCCCGCCGCGCCCCCGCCCGGGCUGGUGACGCCGCAGCCCUCCGACUCCGAGGGCGAGGAGGAGCUGCUGGCGCCGCGCGCCUCCGUCAUCAUGCGCGCGCACAAGGACGGCACCUGCAGCCCCGAGCCGCUGCCGCCGCCGCCGCACGUCAACAUCCUCAAGACCCUCAAGUUCAAGAUGAACCGCGACCACAGCUACUCGUACGCCAAGUACGUGGCGAGCCAGAGCCAGCAGCGCGGCGCACGGCCGCCCACGCCGCCGUCCCCCGCGCCCCCCGCGGCCCCCGCGCCCCCCGCGGCGGAGCGCGUGCCGGCGCCGCACGCGGGCUGGGUGCCGCUGGCGCCGCGGCCCGCGCCCGCGCUGCUGCUGCCCGCGCUGUGGCUGGUGGCGCCCGCGCCCGCGCCGCGCCGCCGGCUGUACGAGUGCGCGCACCCCGGCUGCGGCAAGAACUACUUCAAGUCGUCGCACCUGAAGGCGCACGCGCGCACGCACACGGGCGAGCGGCCCUUCCGCUGCGCGUGGCCCGCGUGCGAGCGCCGCUUCUCGCGCUCCGACGAGCUGUCGCGCCACCGCCGCACGCACACCGGCGAGAAGAAGUUCGGCUGCCGCGUGUGCAGCCGCCGCUUCAUGCGCUCCGACCACCUCGCCAAGCACGUGAAGCGCCACGCCAAGGAGCGCGCGCCCGCGCCGCCGCUGCGCCUGCUGCCCUCGCCCCCCGCACCCCCCGCGGCCCCCGCGCCCCACGCCGCCGCUGUCUGAGCCCGCCGCGGCACACUGUGAUUCCGAUCUCAAACUUUAGUUCGACUCAUCUUCAAGACUGUCCUAUUGUUACUACUUAAUAAGUCGUUUCCUAGUUUUAAGCGUAUGUUAUUUUAUAUUUACGUUGCAGACGUUAAGUAAAAGAAGUAAUAAGUAUAAUAAAAGAGAUAUUUUAUACAAUUUA